GUUUUUCGAUGUUUCAUACUUCAGUUGACAGUUGUUUGUUUACAUCCAGCACGUGCUCGCUAAUUUUGAAAAUAUGACUCCUGGACCUCCUGCAUCUUCUUUCCGAGAAAAAUCAUCUGCUGUUUCGAAGAAAAAUCUUAUAAAUUCUGAUGGUGAAACAAACCACUCCCCGUCCAAGAAAGUAAAAUUGAAUGAAAAGUCCAUAGCACUGCGGAGGGCCAAAGAAUUGCGCAAGAGAGAAAAGAAAAAGGCACCAAAGGUGAAAUUGAAUAAAAUUGGUGAGGAAUCAGUACUCACAGUAUGUGCUAAGGAGAGAAAAUCAAUAAUUUAUGAAGAUCUUCGGCAUUUGCUGUCGAGCUCUCUCCUGGGCAAGUUGUCCCCGGAUCCGAAUCCUCGCUGGUGUAACUUGGAAAAAAUGGAGAAAAUCUCCCAGACAGUGGUAUUGAUUGUGGAAGGUUUGACACUAGGACAUUUUAGCAAACAUCGACAAUCCUUUCCUUUGUGCAAAGAGAUUUUUCUCUCAAGGAUUGACACACUAAUGCCAAAUUGUGGCCAUGGCCAGGUAUUUCAGGAGCUUGUAGAAAUCCCAAUUAGUGAUGGGAAGAAAAAGGAACUAUUAGAACAGCAUGGAAGCCUGGGAAAAGCCCUAGAAGUGGAGAGUUUCUUGAUUGAAGAAGAGAGGGCAGAAAUUUAUAACAGCCGGGAAGUUAAGGAUAACUUUUCUCGAGUAAAAUUGCUUCUGUCACCAUUGCAGAUGAUCGAUUCUAAAUUCCCACUUCCCUUCAAAGGAGCCGCCUACACUAAGAAUUAUGUCUUCACGAAGGAUACUUAUGCUCCUGUUACAUCAAAAAGUCCCAUGUUUGCUUUGGAUUGCGAAAUGGUGAUGACAUCCUCCGGGGUCACAGAAGUCUUCCGGCUGUCCAUCGUCAAUGAGGACUGUGAGAGUGUGUAUGAGACCUUUAUUCGUCCACAGCGUUCGGGAAUUGACUACGAAACGGGUUUUUCGGGAGCUACGGCGGAUCUAAUCAAGUUUGCCUCGAAAAGUCUCAAGGAAGUUCAGAAUGACGUUCGUAAGCUCCUUUCACCGGACGCAAUCCUCGUGGGACAUAGUUUGGAUGUCGAUUUAGAAGGUCUAAGCAUGAUACAUCCCUAUGUCAUUGACACAAGCAUCAUUUACAAUGUUAGGGGAGAUAAUAAACGAACCAGGUUGCAGGAAUUGGCUAAAAUGCAUCUAGGAGAAACAAUCCAGUCCAAUUCCCUGGGACACGACUCCAUCGAGGACAGUAUCACUUCCAUGAAGUUGGUAAAGUUAAAGCUAUCAAAAGGCUUGCAAUAUGGAGAUGUCCUUCUGGGAAAACUACAAGAUACAGGAUUUGACAUAAAUUCCUUAGGAGGCUUGAUUCCAGUCACUGAUGACAAAAUCAUCUCAGAAAAUCUUUUUGGGCAUCUCCUGGCCAAGAAAUCCAAUGCAAAAGUCAGCAUUGUCGCUUCUGAAAACACUGCGCUGAACUACGAGAAGUUCAUUCCCAAGCAAUGGAGAGGAAACGAAAGAAUCUCCAUUAGCAUAAGGAAGAACAAUAAAGCAGCAAUUGUGAAAUCCUGCAAAUCUCUCCCGGAUGCUACUUUUAGCAUCACUCACCUUGCCCUGGAUGACAAUCACUUGGCAGCGGAUCAAGUAGAACCGACUCUGGAUAAAGUUGAUCAAUGGAUUGAUCAAAUCUACAAUUCUGUGGCCGUUAAUGGACUCUGCCUUGUGAUUUUUAGUGGAUCCAGGGAGUCUCGCAGUGGUCUCUCUUUCGUAGAAUUUCGCAAAGUGGAAUCCAUCAACAGAGAACAGUUUUUAUCAGAGUAAGGUAAGAAUUUAAUACCAUUUAAUAAAAAUAUUUGUUAUCAGAAAGUUUUUUUUGUUUUUAAAUAAAUUUAUCUCCAAAAUAUU